UCCCAUCUUCUCGAGAAAAAAACAAGUCUCUUUCUCAAGACCACCCACCCCAUCACAAUGGCCUCUUCCCGUGUCUUCGCCAGCCGUCUGGCUUCCACCAUGGCUGCCACCUCCAAGGUCGCCCGCCCUGCCGCUCGCGUUCAGCUCAACGCUGUCGCCCCCAAGCGCACCUUCACCACCCAGAAGAAGAUCAACAUGACCCCCUUCCAGACCGUCAAGCGUCAGUCUCCUUCCGGCCUCCUCCAGGCCAGCGCCCGCCAGGCUUUCGCCGCCCAGGGCCGCCGUCAGUACUCCUCUGAGAUCGCCGACGCCAUGGUCCAGGUCUCCCAGAACCUGGGUAUGGGUUCCGCUGCCAUCGGUCUCGGUGGUGCCGGUAUCGGUAUCGGUCUCGUCUUCGGCUCCCUCCUCCUCGCCGUCUCCCGCAACCCUGCCCUCCGUGGUCAGCUCUUCUCCUACGCCAUUCUGGGUUUCGCCUUCGUCGAGGCCAUUGGUCUGUUCGACCUGAUGGUUGCCAUGAUGUGCAAGUACGUCUAAAUUUAACGCAACCACUUUUCUCCCACGACAAUCGAGCCGCAUAUCAUAUCUCCUAGCGAAGCGUUUGCGGUGUCCGGCAAAUCUUGGAAGGGAUCGAAUUUUUUUUGUGAGAAGAUGAAUACGGGAAGGGAACAGAUGGGAUGAUGACGAAACCAAUUUUCACAAAAAGACUCUCACAAAAUCUACGAAGCUUUUUCUGGAUCACUUGUACAACAAUUCCACAAAUGAAACAAUCGG